CAUGAACUGUUAAGUAAUCAAAUCCUUACCCUUUUAUCUUGAAAAAUAAGAAAGUAAUAAAAUCCCACUAGAAAGUUUGCAACUUUACCCCAAGUCUUCUUCAAGCAUACCCACUCGUUCUUCCCCUGUUUCUCAUUCCUUUCUUCCAGCUAGAUUUUUUGCGCUGUCCCUGAAGAAUCUGUAAUGACCCCAAACAUUGUCCAAAUGUCAAGUUUCUUUUUUCUUUUAGAGAGAGAGAGAGAGAGAGAGAGCUCACCAAGAGUCCUCGCCGGAGCCACCGCACGCCAGGACGUUGCCAAGCUCGUCAUCACCAUCAACCGCAGCUCGAGUUAAUCUCGUGCAUUCAAGACCACCAUCGUGUUCCUCUCGUCGAGACGAAGCCGUAGACACCAACCACGCCUCAAUCGGAGCCCGGACGAAGCCUCACGCGCUUUCGGAAGUUCGCCUCUGCGCGCGCGUGAGUUCCACGCGCCGCCGCCGGACCACCGUCCUCCGCCGCAGCGCCGCCGCCGGACCACCGUCCCCCGCCGCCGGAAUACCGCCGUCGCCGCCGACAACCGCCGCCGGAAUAUCGCCGUCGCCGCCGGUGACCGACACCGGUGACUCGCCGGCGACUCGGUCAACUCGGCCGAGUCAACUCAAUAUGGAGUCUAUUUGAGCAGCUGGAGUUCAUAGACAACACUUUUCUAUUGCUAAGGUGAGACAAACAAGUAUGUGAUAUUUGGACGGACUUGGUGCUAUUGGACUUUUCUUUCGGAUUUUAUUUGGGCAUGGGUGAGAGUUGUCGGGUUUAUGGGCUUUUAUAUUACGGGAUAUUGUUGGUGGCCCGUCGUCCUUAGUGUCAGGGAGACGGGUGUCACAUUGUUGUAUGAUGACGCGUCGGGGGUGACACGCUGUCCUCCAUAUAGGAGGUGACGGGUGUCACAGAAUCUUUCCUUUUUUUUUUAAAGGAUGGUUUUGGUUUGGGGUUUGGCAUCUCUCUGCCACUAGUUCCUUGCCAAGCGUUUGUCUUCCCUUAUAUGUUUGAGGAACUGAUUAAGAGCCAAAAGCAAUGUUUUGGGUUUUGGCUCUGUUGAGCAGCUUCAUUGUUCUUAGUGGUGAUGGACUACUUUCAGAGGGAGCUUCUUCAAGGCCACACGAUAUUAACGUUGGAGCAAUCUUCAGUCUAAGCACUUUAUACGGUCAAGUCGCAGAUAUCGCCAUGAAAGCUGCCGAGGAAGACGUAAACUCCGAUCCCACCUUCCUUAAUGGAUCUAAACUGCGUAUACUGAUGUAUGACGCCAAGCGCAACGGCUUCCUCAGCAUCAUGAAAGCAUUGCAAUUCAUGGAGACUGAUUCUGUAGCUAUCAUCGGUCCUCAGACAUCAAUCAUGGCUCACGUACUCUCUUACCUAGGCAACGAGCUCCACGUCCCCAUGUGCUCAUUCACAGCGUUAGACCCAAGUCUCUCCCCUCUCCAGUUCCCUUUCUUCGUCCAGACAGCCCCCAGCGACCUCUUCCUGAUGCGGGCCGUCGCGGAGAUGAUCACCUACUACGGCUGGUCUGAUGUCAUUGCGUUGUACAACGACGACGACAACAGCAGGAACGGUGUAACAUCCUUAGGAGACGAGCUCGAAGGGAGACGAUGCAAGAUCUCUUACAAGGCCGUGCUUCCUCUUGACGUGGUUAUCGAGAGUCCACGCGAGAUCGUCGAUGAGCUGGUUAAGAUUCAGGGGAUGGAGUCACGCGUGAUUAUUGUCAACACGUUUCCUAAAACUGGUAGGAUGAUUUUUAAGGAGGCCAAGAGGCUUGGGAUGAUGGGGAGAGGGUAUGUGUGGAUAGCUACCACUUGGAUGACUUCUCUGUUGGAUUCGGCUAACCCUCUGUCUCUUCCCAAGGUGGCUAAGUCUCUUACAGGAGUGCUGACGCUUCGCAUCCACACUCCUGAGUCGAGAAAGAAGAGAGACUUCGCGGCAAGGUGGAAGAAGCUGAGCAAUGGGACUGUUGGGUUAAAUGUUUAUGGACUCUAUGCGUAUGACACGGUCUGGAUCAUCGCUAGAGCUGUCAAGAGUCUUCUUGACAGCGGAGCGAACAUCUCCUUCUCUAGCGACUCGAGGCUAAACCACUUGAAGGGAGGGACAUUGAAUCUAGCUGCGUUGAGCAUGUUUGAUCAAGGACAACAGUUUCUUGAUUAUAUAGUGGAGACGAAGAUGUCGGGUGUUACAGGUCGGGUACAGUUUCUCCCCGACAGAUCGAUGAUUCAGCCUGCGUACGACAUUAUAAACGUGGUCGGCGACGGGCUGAGGCAGAUAGGGUACUGGUCGAACCACUCUGGGCUCUCUGUUAUACCUCCCGAGCUGCUGUUCAGCAAGCCUUCGAACCGUUCGAGCUCAAACCAGCAUCUGAAGAAUGUGACCUGGCCUGGUGGAGGUUCUGUUACGCCGCGUGGAUGGGUGUUUCCUAACAACGGGAGGAGGCUGCGCAUCGGUGUGCCUAAUAGAGCGAGCUUUAAGGACUUUGUGUCUAGGGUCAACGGAAGCAACCAGAUAGAUGGGUACUCCAUUAAUGUCUUUGAAGCUGCGGUAAAACUGCUUUCUUAUCCGGUUCCUCAUGAGUUUGUCCUUUUUGGAGACGGUCUCAAGAACCCAAACUACAAUGAUCUUGUCAACAAUCUCACUAAAGGGGUGUUUGAUGCUGUGGUGGGAGACAUAGCGAUUGUUACAAAGAGAACAAGGAUUGUGGAUUUCACUCAGCCAUACAUAGAAUCAGGGCUUGUGGUGGUUGCUCCUGUUACAAAGCUAAAUGAUACUCCUUGGGCGUUCUUACGCCCUUUUACUCCUCCAAUGUGGGCUGUUACAGCAGCUUUUUUCCUCAUCGUUGGAUCAGUGAUAUGGAUUCUUGAACAUAGAAUCAACGAUGAGUUUCGUGGACCUCCAAGGAGACAAAUUGUUACUAUACUCUGGUUCAGCUUCUCAACGAUGUUUUUCUCCCACAGAGAGAAUACAGUGAGCACACUAGGCCGUAUCGUGUUGCUCAUCUGGCUUUUUGUGGUUCUGAUCAUCACCUCAAGCUACACAGCUAGUCUCACAUCCAUUCUCACAGUUCAACAGCUCAACUCACCGAUCAAAGGGGUAGACACACUCAUAAGAAGCAGCGGACGCGUUGGGUUUCAGGUAGGUUCUUAUGCCGAAAACUACAUGAUUGAUGAGCUAAACAUCGCCAGAUCAAGACUAGUGGCACUAGGCUCUCCAAAAGAAUACGCUACAGCUCUUCAGAACGGGACUGUCGCUGCGAUAGUGGAUGAACGCCCUUACGUUGACCUCUUCCUCUCAGAGUUCUGUGGGUUUGCCAUUAGAGGCCAAGAGUUCACAAGAAGCGGCUGGGGGUUUGCAUUCCCAAGAGACUCUCCGUUAGCAGUUGACAUGUCAACGGCUAUCUUAGGUCUAUCGGAAACAGGGAAGCUUCAGAAGAUACACGACAAGUGGCUUUCAAAGUCCAACUGCAGUAACCUGAACGGUUCGCAGUCAGAUGAUGAUCCAGAACAGCUUAAGCUCCGUAGCUUCUGGGGGUUAUUCCUCCUGUGUGGGAUUGCUUGUUUCAUCGCCCUCUUUAUCUACUUCUUCAUGAUAGUCCGUGACUUUUGUAACCACCACAAGAAGCCUGAGGAAGAAGAAGCUACAGUUCCUUCACCAGAAGGGUCACGUUCUAAAACACUGCAGACUUUUCUAGCUUAUUUCGAUGAAAAGGAAGCCGAGUCCAACAGAAGGUUGAAACGUAAACGGAACGAUGAUCUUUCAGUAAAGUCUUCUUGACCAAUGUGAUGGAUCUAAUCAUUACUCAAGCAAGCCCAUCUUCUUCAGAGAUCAAAGAUGAUGCAGUGAAGAAAUAUGCAGACAACAUACCUCAUACGUUUAGUAGUAAGGACGGGAUUUUGACAAAAGUAUAUGGAACAUUUUUAACACUAUAUGUAUAUAUUAGUGCAUAACCAUAAAGUAUAUAUAUUAAUGGCAAUGCAUAACAUAAAGCUGCAAGACAAAGCUUAAGCUGUAUUGUAUAAUCUUACAGAAGAAAAACUUUACAUCUCCCUUUAUCUUUCGAGUUUUAUUUUUUAA